AUGGCGCCGACGUCCUACAUCCGCAGCGUCAGCGGCUCGAGUCAACACCUACGAGCCGUGGUUUCUCGCUCCGUGUCGUCGAGCUUCGAGGCAGCAGCCUCCCCAAAGUCCUCUCUCAUUACCACUUCCAGAACUUCCGUUGCCUCCUUCUUCGCACUCAUCCUGAAGGGGGUGCUACAAUUCUCGAAACGCACGCUCCUCACCUCAUCCGACCCUUCAAAACCGUCCCGCCGGGAUCUCGUACAACCCGUGUUCAUCCAACCUUCACCUCAUCUCGAGAAACGACAGAGCGCCGUCCUCGCAAUCCCGACAACCUAUGCAGGCCUCAACUCCGGUCCUGCCCCCGGUGCUUUGGUAGGCAUUGUCCUCGGCUCCGUGGGUGGCUUCAUCCUUAUCCUAUAUAUCAUUCUCUCCCUGUUCCGCUUCUCCGGAUGGGGAGGCGGCGGUGCGGUCGUGGCAGAAGAAGUCAUCCGUCAUCAUCGAAGAAGACCGUCCCGGAGCAGCCCAAGCAGUAGAAGCCACAGUCAGCCCAUGAGCCACGCCAGCACUCACAGACCAGAAAGAAUGCGGGAAGAAACGGUGAUAGUGGAAGAACAUUUUGAUCCGAGCGUCGAGGAGGACAUUGUUGAAGUCAUUGAAGAGCAUUCGCCAGAGCGGUCGCCGCCGAGGAAAUCCAAUCGCAGAAGUGGCUUUAGGACUGUGGACCCGGCGGAGUUUGGAGGUGGAGGGAGACCGAUGAGGAAGGUGUCGAGGAGAUGA